GCGGGGCACGCCGGGAGUUGUAGUCCCGCCCCUCACGCGGUACCGGGCGCGGGGCCGGCAUGGCGGGGCUGGAGCUGCUGUCCGACGCGGGGUUCCGGGCGGACGGGCGCCGGCCGGACGAGCUGCGCAAGGUGCGGGCCCGGCUCGGGGUGCUGGCCCGGGCAGACGGUUCGGCCUACCUGGAGCAGGGCAACACCAAAGUGCUGGCGGCCGUGUACGGCCCGCACGAGGUUCGGGGGUCCCGGGCCAAGGCCCCCCCGGACCGGGCGCUGCUCAGCUGCCGGUGCAGCUCGGCGCCGUUCGCGGGGGGCGGAGAGCGGCGGCGCCGCCCGGGGCCGGGCGGGAGCGACCGGCGGGCGGCGGAGCGGGCGCUGCUGCUGCGGGGCGUGCUGGAGGGAGCCGUGCUGGCCCAGCUCUACCCCCGCUCCCAGAUCGACGUGCACGUCCAGGUGCUGCAGGCGGACGGGGGCGAGCUGGGGGCCAGCGUCAGCGCGGCCGGGCUGGCGCUGCUGGACGCGGGCGUGGCGCUGCGCGGGGCCGUGGUGGCCGGUUCGGCCGGGCUGGCCGAGCCCCCGGCCGGGCCCCCGGUGGCCCUGAGCGACCUGAGCGCGGCCGAGGAGGCGGCCGGGGGCCCGCGGCUGGCCGUGGCCACGGUGGCGGGCAGCGGGCAGCUGGCCCUGUGCCAGCUCAGCGCCCGGCUGCACCAGGAGCGGCUGCGGCCCGUGCUGGACGCCGCCCUGGCUGCCUGCCGGGGGCUGCACGCCGUGCUGGACGGCGUGGUCAGGGCCCGGCUGCGCCAGGACACCGCCAUGGAGCAGUGACCAUCGCAG